AAUUUUGAACCGCUAUUGAGUUUUUGGUGGCUAUUGUAAAUCGUUUACUCGGACGCUUUGACACCGAGUUGCAGACGCUAAUACGCCAUUGGCCCUAAAUUCUACUAAGUAUAAUUCAGUAAUAAUCUUAACCUAUCCAACAUUCUGACCAAUAACCAUCAUCGUCUUUGGCGUUCGGUUUCCCGCCAUAGUUUACUGUUGCACUUCACGUAGUUUUUAUUUGUAAGUCUUUUAGUGUUUACUUUUAUUGCAACUCGCGAGUGUCAGUUUAUACCUUGAGUACUGUUUUUUUUCUCCGCUUACCGCCUACACCACGAGUCACUAAACUCACGAGAACACUGUCCGUGGUAAGUAGUCUUGCAGUGACGCCGCGUGUGAACGCCCGACUAAAACUUCAAGCCGUUUGUACACGAGAGCCCCAAGCCGACCAUGGCAGCCGCCAUUGCAGGAGUCUUCCAACCCGAAAUGCAAAAUCUCAUCAAAGAAUCCAAGGUCUUGUUAGUAGGUGCGGGCGGCAUUGGCUGUGAGGUUCUCAAGAACCUCGUGUUGACGGGUUUUAGCGAACUGGAGAUCAUCGAUCUGGACACUAUCGAGGUGAGCAACUUAAACCGUCAGUUCCUGUUCAACAAGGAGUCUGUGGGCAAAGCCAAGUCACAUGUUGCAAAAACCAGCGUACUGAAAUUCAACCCCAAUGUAAAUAUCACGUCGCACUUAGGUGACAUUAUGGACACAAAAUAUGGUGUGGCGUUCUUCAAUAAAUUCAAAUUGGUCAUAAACGCUUUGGAUAACAAGAAGGCACGUAGCCAUGUGAAUCGUAUGUGCCUGUCAUGUGACAUCCCUCUCAUUGAAUCUGGUACAAUGGGUUACACUGGCCAAGUGGAGUUUAUUAAAAAAGGAAUAAGUUUGUGUUAUGAAUGUUAUCCAAAACCCGAACCCAAAUCGUAUCCAAUGUGCACAAUCAGAAACACCCCAAAAGAACCUAUACACUGUAUCAUAUGGUCAAAGUUCUUAUUUGGACAACUAUUUGGAGAAUCAGAUGAAGACGUGUCCAUGGAUGAAGCUGUUUCUCAAGACGGCUCUGAAAAAAUGUCUGCACGUAAUUGGGCUAUAAAUAAUGAGUAUAAUCCAAAAAAAUUGCUUAAGAAAGUUUUUUAUGAUGACAUCCAAUACUUGCUAAGUAUGGAAGAUUUGUAUAAGGAUAAAGAAAUUAAGCCAGUACUUUUGGAUGAAGCACUCUUUAAUCAAGAACAGGUCGAUUACAACCACGUACCCGAUAGCGAAUUGUUAACCCUGGAACAAUGUAUAUCUAUGUUUUUGGAUUGCACAUCAUCAAUUAAACAAAAAUUAGAAACAUCCAAAAAUGGAUGUUUAGUUUGGGAUAAAGAUGAUGAUGACUUAAUGAACUUUGUUGUAUCAAGUAGCAAUAUUCGUUCAGCAAUUUUUAACAUUCCAUUUAAAAGUCACUUUGAUAUUAAGUCAAUGGCAGGAAAUAUUAUUCCUGCAAUUGCUACCGCAAAUGCUAUAAUCGCUGGGCAGAUUGUAAUACAUGCUUUGAGAAUUUUAAGUGGAAAAUACGAACGGUGUCAAACUGUAUUUUUAAGAAAAAUGCCUAACCACAAAGGUGGACUUCUUGUCAAAGACAAACAUCUCGAAAAACCAAAUCCAAAAUGCAUGGUUUGUUCUACUGAUGGAGAAAUUGUAUUAUCUACGGAUAUAUACAAUUUUACGGUGAAGCAAUUUGAAGAAUUGGUAUUGAAGAAAAAAUUAAACAUGGUAGCACCUGAUGUUUUAGUGGAUGGUAGAAUGAUAAUUUCUAGCGAUGAGGAUGACGAAGUCGAUUUAUAUGGGAAAACAUUAGCAGAAGUGGGUGUGGGUGAUGGAUCCAGAUUUAGUGUUGAUGAUUAUUUCCAAAAUUAUAGUAUCAAAAUCAAGUUAUAUCAAAAAGAAAAAUCUGAGGAAGAAGAUCCAGAUUUUGAAAUUUUUGGCAAUCUAGAAGAACUGAACAAAGCAGAUGAUAUAAAGAACAAUGUAGCUCAACCUGAAGAAAAUGAUGAUUGUUUAAUUGAAAAGGAUGAAAAUAAUGUAGAUGGUGAUAUGGUUACCAUCAAAGAACAAGAAGACGAUACAGUAAUCAAAGAAGAUACAAUGGAUAGUGAUCCAGAAGUUGUAGGUAUGGAUCAAGAACUCAGUAAUGAAGAGGUAUUGGCAAUCAAAAGAAAAGCUGAUGAAGCAAUUGAAGAUAUUAACGGAGCUAAGAAAAGCCGUGUCGACUAAGAUACCAUUCAUAGUUACUAUUAACAGUCAAUUUAAACUUAAUAAUAUAUACAUUCACAAACACAAAUGUUGAAACCUAUUUUGAUGUUCCUUUUUAGUAAUACUGCUGUAAUUUUCAUGUUCUUAUUAUCAGACUACAUUAUUAUUAACUUCAUCAAAAUUUGUAUUUUCAUGAUUGUACCUACUAAUUAUUAUUUUUUUGAUAUCCAAUUUAUAAAGAGAAAAUGAAUUCAUAUUAUUAAAAUUAUUUUUUAUUUAUAUAUGCAUAGGUUUUAUAUUUUACAUGUAUGAAGUUUUACUUGUAUUUUCUGAGAUAAAAUUAAAAUUAACUCCCUGGCUAAAUUGCUUAAAUUAUUUUCGCUUUAAUUAAGUAUAGACGACACUUUUUAUUUGCAAAUUAAAUUUUUUUUUUUUUUAAUACUGUCCUUAAUGACUAUGAGUUGAGCUAAUGCUAUAACCUCGUACAAUUAUUAGAUUUAACAAUAUACAAAUAUUUAUAAUUAUUUAUUGCAUUUUUGUAAAUGUAUUCAUUUACUUGGCGUCCUGUGUCAAAAUAAUAAUUAUCUACUCACAACAUUGUAAUAUUUCGUAUACAUUUCUAAAGCACGAAACAAUGUUUUUAUUUUCGUAAUGUAUUCAUAGUAUCAGUAGUGGUAUUUUACUUAUGUUGAAAUACAAAUUGGUUUAAAACGCAUAAAAAAUUUAAAAAGGCGUAUGGUAUAAGGGCCAAUCAACAACAAUACAUCAAAGCUGGGUGUUAAGUUAUCAUCAUGUAUAAGUUAGUUUAGUCAAUAACUUAUUAACUUCCAACUGACUUAGUAAAUAAGUUAUUAGAUGUUAAAUAAUUAGCUUUAAUCUUGAAUUACUAAAAACAAUACAUCACAUCAAAACUUGACUUUGAUCAUAAAAUAUCUAGUUAAUUCAAUAACUUUUGACUGAAUACAUUAAAUAAGUUAUUUUAUAACAUACUAUUAGAUUUGAUUAUAAACUAAUUUUAAAAUUAAUUGUUUCAAUUAUAUAAUUUUAUUUAAGUCUAUUAAGAUAAAAUGUAAGGAAACUUGCAGUAUGCUCAAAAAACUAUAUAGACAACUAUCGACUGCUGAUCAAAUAAUGCAAAGAACUUACAUAACAUGGCAGACAAUAUUUUAAAAAUAAAAAUUGAUUACUCGAAUUUAAAAAUUAAUAAUAAAAAUUUACUAUAUACAUGCAUAUAAGACUUAUUUAUUUUAUGGUUUUUUUUUUAUGUUUUUAGGCUAAUAAAUAAGUAACUGUUAAUUAAAAAUUAUUUGAUUUAAAAUUAAAGUUAAGUUAUUAAUAUAUAUUUUUUUUAUAUAAUUUAAAGCACAUUAAACUUUUUGGUGAGGUGCCAAAAAUGUUCAUUUUUGUAAGUUAUUAUGUUAUGUGCUUAUUAAUUAUAAUACAGAUACCUUUCCAUGUUUAUUUAAAUUGUUGUUUCAUUCUUAUUUGACAAUAAACAUAAGAAACAGCUUAACAGUACAUCACUUGUUGUUCACUUGUUGUAAAUUGGCCUUGUUAGAAGGGGGGGGGGGCUAAAAUUAUAAACAGCAGGCCCGCGGAGGGCUUCACUCCCACACCCUCUACAUAUAAAUUUUACAAUUUUAUUGUAACAUUUAUUAUGAAAAAUGUAUAUAAAAACUUCAAAAUUAUUUAUUUAACGGCGUUUAAUACAUAAUUUUUUAUUGUUGUCAUUAUAAAAUAUUAACGUAUAGCUCAAUCAUUUCAAUUUUAUUACAAAUUUACAAUACAAAAUUCAUACAUAAAACUUUAAUGUUCACAUAACACAUACAUAUCGGCUAUCGGAUAUUCUGAUUAGGAAUUAUGUUUAACAACUUAUAAAUUUUUCUAAUAAAUAAAUAAAAUUUCUUGAAAAACUUAAAAAAAUGUAGUGUGGCUAAUCCCCUCUAAGUCCCCCCCCCCCAAUUUAUGCCUAUGGUCCAAGUAAUCAUGCCGCCCUAAUAUUCAUACUAUUCUCAGUGAAAUUGUAUUAUAACAUUAUUCCUAUUGUGAAUAUUGAUCAUUGAUACAAAAUUAAUAUUUUACUACAAAAAUAAUUAAAAUUAACCAAACAAUUAUUUCUAUAACAAACUAUCAUAAAUAAUAGAUUAUUUUAAUAUUUAUUUUUGAAAAAUUAAUUUAUUAAGAAUAAACAUUUUAUACAAUAUAAUUUUAUAUUAAUUUUGCUGUUUUUUAACUAUAAGAGUUGGUACUUUUUUGUCAGUUUAAUAUUUAUUUACUUUAUCUAAACCUAUAAUGCUCAUUAUUAAUCUGUGGUUUGAUAUUUAACAUUUUUAUAUCAAAAUAUUGUACUUCAAAUUUGAAAAAAUAUAAUUAAUCAUGACAACUUGGGAAAUUCUUUUAAAAAUAAUAGCAUUUAUUAAUUGUCAAAAUAACAGUGCGAGUAGGUACAUAUAUAAUUUUACAGAGUAUAGCAAUAUGUAGAUAGGUAUCUACUAUAAACUUGCCAGAAAUAAGUAGGUCAAGUAUAUAUGGCACGGUGGUUAUCGUUAGGUUUCAUCAUAUUUUUUUUUUAUUGCAAAACUGUUACUUACAACACCUUUGAAGUGGCAGGAAUAUUGUUGACGUUAUAUCUUAUAUUAUGAUAUAAAUAUAACAUAUUAUAACGUGAGAAACAAAACUGUCUUCCAGAAUUGGACACAAGACACAAAACGUAAUCUUUUGAUUACAACAUCAUGAAACAUCUGAAUCUGAAUCAUAUUAUAUUAUAAACAAAUACUUGUUAUUGUAUUUUCUUUCUAUUAAAUUUAUCUAUAUGAAAUAUGUUUUUUUUAUAAAAUGUAAUACGUUAAUAAUAAUAUAAAUAUUAUAUGUAUACUAUAAAUAAUAAAUUGUAAUAUGUUAGUAUUGUAUUGAACUUGCUGCGCCCACCACAAGCUAUGCUUUGGGGCGGCAUCAUAAAUUGUUUUAUUUUUAUUUAUUGUUAUCUUUAUUAUGUAAAAUGUUAUUUUGACAAUAAACAAUUAUUAUUAUUAUUA